AUGGGCGUCAAGUUCCAGCAAGAGUACAAGGAAGACAUCGUCUCCUAUAUGCUUGAGCUUCAGAACACAAGCAUGUCAGAUCCAAACUUGAUGGACAUGCAACCAGAGCUUGAAUGGGCAAUGCGGCCCUUCCUCCUCGACUUUCUGCUGGAGAUGCACGCCGGUUUUGGCUUGCACCCAACCACUUUGCACCUCGCAGUCAACAUCAUUGACCGGUACACCUCCAACCGUGUUGUCUUCAAGCGUCAUUACCAGCUCCUGGGCUGUACCGCGCUCUGGAUUGCUGCCAAGUAUGAGGAAGCCAAGGACAAGGUGCCUACCUUGUUGGAGCUCAAGGCCAUGUGCUGCGACUCAUACAAUGAGAAGCUCUUCCUGCAGAUGGAGUUUCACGUCUUGCGUACUCUUGACUGGAAGGUUGGCACUGCCACCACAGACCAGUUCUUGCAGGUUGUCUUGACAGCGCCGCAACAGGAUGACACUGCACGCACUCUUCACCUAGCUCGCAUGCUCUCUGAAAUUACCUUGUUUCACCGCGAGUUCCUUUGCUUCCGCCCUGAUGCCAUUGCUCAAGGAGCACUUUGCUUUGCGCGUCAAGUCUUGGACCAAGCCUUCCCUCACUACCCGGCCUACCCAUCUGGCACAGAACGCGUCGUUGACGAGCUCAUGCGCAAAGCGCGACACCUCUCCACCAUUCUCGCCAACAAGUACGAGUCUGAGCGAUACGAACACGUCACCUUUCGUCUCAAGCAUUUUUUAGAGCCACCGCGACGCGUCCGCGUUGCUCAGAACCAGCUACAACACUUGUACCUACAGCAGCAACAAGCGUUGUACGGCGACAUGUGCGAGCACGAUCCAGCGCAGGACAACGCAGACCCUACGAACGUCCCUUCGUCGUCACCACGGAUGCAAGCCGCUGGCGUUGCUCGGGCGCGACAGCAGCCACCGUCCAAAUUGAUGGUGACGCCCAUUCGUGCGGGUCAUGUGUACGCGCAUGGUAUGAUUACACCACCAGCGGACGAUGACGUGCGUGCAAAGCAACAGCAACAGCAACAAGCUUUGUUGGAGGAAGAGGAAGACACGUACGCAACAAGCGAACCGACCUUGUCACCCGUCUCGAGUGCCUGCAGCAUCUUGGACUCGUACCAUCAGCCAUCGCAGGAUAUCCCUCGCUACCGACAAGUCUCAUUGUCUCAGUAG